UCACUUUUGUCGGUGGCUGUGCGAGCCCAAAAAUCGCAGAACUCGGGUCAUUUAGUCGCCUGGCCAAUAGCGGCCCCUAGGCAGGCAAGCCCGAUGAAGUUCUGUGCCGUUGUGAUACUUGUGCCACUCGUGUUGUGAUUUCGCCUGUGGCGAAGAAGUUUGUGUUCUGUGGCAGAAGCAGCAGCUACUGAACAGACGCGCCUGCAAACAACGUGCGCAUCGACAUGUCUCUGAAAGAUCGUUUAGCAGCAGUCACCGGAGGUGCAAGUGGCAUUGGGAAAGCUAUCUGCUUUGCACUCGCAAAAGAAGGCGCUGUUGUGGUUGUGGGCGAUAUUAAUUUCUGCGGAGCACAGGAAACAGCUGCUGCGCUGCCAGGUGUGGGCCACCCUCACCAGGCAGUCAAGGUAGAUGUUUCGAGUGGGGAGAGCAUUGCAACGUUCUUUGCGGCCAUCACAAAAAUGUGCACGCUGCCGCUCAGUGUUGCAGUAAGUUGUGCAGGUAUCCUCAAACGGGCCCCCUUAGUGGACAUGUCCGAGGAAUUCUUCGAUGAAAUCAUGAACGUAAACUUUAAGGGCAUGUUCCUCUUCUGUCGUGGUGCUGUGCGAGCCAUGCAGGCAGCGCAGGUGUCCAACGGUGUUUUGGUGACUGUGGCAAGCAACUGGGCGCACAGUGGGUCACCCUGUUACAGUGCAUAUGCGGCCUCAAAGGCAGCCACAGUAGCCUUCACCAAGUCAUUAGCACUUGAGCUGGCGGCAGAUGGCAUUCGCUGCAACUGUGUGCUACCCAGCUACACAGACACGCCCAUGACAGCAUCCAACAGCCUCCAGGAAAAAGCACGUGAUGCAGCUAAGUCUGCACUGGGUCGUGCUGCACGUCCUGAUGAAGUGGCUGAUGUGGUCGUGUUCCUGUGUGGACCCCGAAGUUCCUAUGUCAAUGGAAGUGCUAUUGACAUCAAUGGCGGAGCUGUUGUUUGAUCAUUUAACUACUGCUAGUAUUCCUAUUAUAUGCUUUUAUAACUAUUUGUGUUGGUAAACUUAUGCACCAACUUGUCGCUAACAUUUAAAUGCAUGUCUGGGGAGGUGAGCCUCUUAGCACCGGAUCUUGACAGGGGCCCAUUCUGUACGGGCCCUGUACUGCUACGUGUUUCAGAUCCAUAUUUUGGACAGUUGAGAAAUUGAAAACAAGAAGUGAUGACACCACCAGACUGAACCAACCAUCCUCACAUGUAAAGAUGGUGACUCACUUUGUAUAACUGUAUUCUCUUAUAAUUCUGCUGUUGUCAUUUUCUUUUGUUCUUCCUAUAUUGUGGUUUGCUAGCAAAUUUCAAGCUCUGAUGUCUCAGCCAAUUUUUUCAAAUAAGCAUUCUCAUUAUACUCUCUGCAGUACAUGUGCAACUGUUGCAGUGACCAGGAGCCAUAUUCUUGGUCAAUCCUGUUUGGGGAUACUUUCACUUAACCAUUGUGUAAUGUUAAAAACAACAUCUCAUUAGAGCAACGGGCAUCCUGCCCGCUGGCUUAUCUAAUAAAUGAGCACUGAAAGUGAUAACCAUGGAAGUGAUCAACCAAGAAUAUGGUCCCAUAGUAGAGCUGCACCUCCCAAUAGUGCAUUUCAAGGUGCACUUUUGGGGGGUGCUUUCAUUGUCAAGCAACGUUGGAGUCGAAUCAAGGUAUACAAAGUGGAGAGGAUGCUCUGUUGCCCAUUUGCUUAUGGCUGCUGUGACAUUGCAGCCGUUGCUGGCUCCUUACUGCAGGGGUCUCAGACAUGAAGGUCACGAAGACCUUCAGUGUGGCCUGUGUUGACUCAUUUGAGAUUUUGCAUCUUCCACCAUUACACUAGUUGAAGCCUUUAUCAAUACCAUCCUUCUCAGAACAUCACAGGGCAGCAUGCUAUGUGCUAUGUAUGUGGCACGAGGCUUGAGCUUGAGACACUUCUAAGACCUCUGUAUGUGUCGUGGAGGAUCAGUUUCGGUUUCACUUCUGCUUAAGCCAGCACUUUAGUCUGGCCAUCUUGUGUAACUACGUCACUGUGACAUCACCCUUCUGUACAUAAUAAAGAUUGUGUGGCUGGCCAAGAGUCGCACCACAAACCU